AUGUCCACCCUCCGCACUGUCCUCCAGAAAGUCCUCGUCACCGUCUUGAUACCUCUAUCUAUCUCCUCGGCGCUUUGUCUCUACUUGUACCCGGUCUUACAAGGAUGCGCAUUCCCUCUUCCGAGAUCGAGCAUACCCAUUGACGGCACCACGCGCGAAGAAUCGUCUCGGUUGUCGCGGUCAUGGACGGGAAACAGCCAUGGGGCUGAUUGGAACUUGACGACCUUGAAUGUUGGAAGGGAAGAUAUACCGGAAUCUGCUAUAUUUCGUCUGCUUGUUCUUGCCGAUCCGCAGAUUGAAGGGGAUAGUUCCCUUCCUUCGCCGGAGGAUAAAUUCGUCCCGCGGUUACGUCGGCAUUGGAUGAAUGUCCAAUCUACUUUGUUGUCCGAAACGUCGAUUUCUUUACAAGAUGCUGCUGCAAUUAUCGGAGAUACGGCACGAAUGAUUUUCGUGGAGGAUAUACCAUCUGCUUUUCGUGCUGCGCGCAAACGUCUUGAUCUACUCGGAAAUGAUUAUUACCUAGCGCAUAUCUACAGGACAUUGUCGUGGUGGAGUCGACCGACGCACGUCACUGUGCUAGGGGACUUGAUAGGGAGUCAAUGGGUGACAGAUGAAGAGUUUGAGAAUCGUGGAUGGCGGUUUUGGCAGCGCGUGUUUCGGGGGGGGCAAAGAGUCGACGAUGAUACAACUAUUACUGGAGAAACGGCCAGAAAAGAACUGGGUAGUGAGGAAUUGGAGACGUUGCAGAGGUACAAUUCUCCAUGGGCUAAUAAGAUUAUCAACGUUGCUGGAAACCAUGAUAUCGGAUACGCAGGCGACGUGUCAAGAGCACGACUGAAGCGCUUUGAGCGAGUCUUUGGACGAGCGAAUUGGGAUGUCAGAUUUGCCCAUCCUUUGGAAGAUCUUCAGAAUUCUACUGCGCGACCUACUCUACACAUCAUCAACUUGAAUGACUUGACUCUUGACGGUCCUGCAAUGGACCCAUCUAUUCAAUCAGACAGUUACACAUAUAUCAACGACAUUCUCGCUCAUCGCUCCUACCCCGUCGAGGAUCAGACCUCCUUCACUCUGUUACUGACACAUGUCCCUCUCUAUAAGCGUGAUGGUAUCUGCAUCGACGGUCCAUAUUUCACUUUCUUCGACGAAGAGGAUACCCCUGAUAACGAUUCCGGAGAGGGCGAAUUCAUCCCUCGAUGGCGUAAAGAUGCACUCCGUGAACAGAACCAUUUGAGUGAACACGUCAGCACAAAUGGAAUUCUCGAGGGACUAUUUGGUAUGAGUGGGGAUUCCUCUGCGCCGAUUGGAGGGAUGGGAAGACGUGGAUUGAUUUUGACGGGACACGAUCAUGAAGGGUGCGAUGUUGUGCAUUUCGUUAAUCGAGAUCAAAAACACGACACACACGCAGAGUCAGAAGAAGGAGCGAAAUCGUGGCAUUGGGAUGCAAUGUGUUACUCGCCAUCUUCGACAACCUCUACAAACGGAUAUCCAUCAAUCCGUGAAGUAACCCUACGAUCAAUGAUGGGCGAAUACGGCGGUAACGCAGCCCUAUUAUCGCUGUGGUUCGAUGCAGAUCCCGAAGUGAAUCAGUGGCGGUACGAGAUACAGAUGUGUCCUGCUGGAGUGCAGCAUAUCUGGUGGGCUGUUCAUGGAUUGGCUGUGGCGUGUGUGAUUGGGUUGGGCGUUGUGGUUGGUUUGAGGGUUUUGGAGGGACUUGGAAUAUUAACCCAGCCUGUGCGGAAAAGUCAUUCGAAGGGGAAGUCAAAUAAACACUGA